CGAGUGCGUAAGCUCAUACCAAGCUGACUCAUGGCUCAGUCGAGUUCUCUCUCUGCAGAAACCGAGUCACUGAGCCAGGUCUUGGGCCUUAUCAACACAUUCAAAGCUUUCGAUUCAAACAACGAUGGGAAAAUCACAGCAGCAGAGCUCGGUGGGAUCCUAGGAUCACUUGGUUACAGUUCGAGCGAGCAGGACGUGGAGGCAAUGAUGGAGCAAGGGGACACAAACAAAGAUGGGCUGCUGAGCAUAGAGGAGUUUUUGGAGAUGAACACAAGGAACAUGGAAUUCGGGGGGCUCGAAGAUGUGCUCAAGAAUGCUUUUGAGGCCUUGGAUGUUGACGGUGAUGAUGCUGUGACUGCAGAGGAGUUGUAUGAGGUCAUGGGAGAUGAGAUGGGAUUUGAGUUAAGUUUGGAGGAUUGCCAGGGCAUUAUUGCUUCUAUAGACACUGAUGGAGAUGGGGCUGUUAGUUUCGAAGAAUUCAAACUUAUAGUUAACUCCCUCUAAAAUUUUGUAGCGCUACCUUGAAGGUACAUAUAUUGGCCUCCAUAGAGGUGAUGAAGAACCAAAGAUGUGAAG